AUGGGUAAGAAGUCGAAAAAAGCUCAAUCUCUUGAUAGUCUCGCUUCGAAUUGCUCUCCCAUUUUGGAACUGAAAUAUAAACAGCCUCUUUUCGCUGUUUUAUGUCAUCCUGAAGAACCUAUUCUAUUAAGCGGACUUGCUACCGGGCACAUUCUUUGCCAUAAAUAUGAUGCGCCAGUGUUAGAGAAGUUUUACGCUGGCAGAACUGACAAGGGAACUAUAGAAGGUGAUUUUGACAAGGAAAAACCGUGGGCCGUAGUUGACAUCGGAGAGGAUGGAAUCACCGAUGUUGAUGGACUCGAAUUGGUGUGGAAAACAAGACGGCAUAAAGGCAGCGUGCGCUCUAUGUGUUUUGGAGACAAUGGUAAAUAUUUAUACUCCGUUGGAAUUGAUAAUGUUCUUAAAAAGGCAGCAACUGAAAAUGGGAAGGUGGUGAAGAAGACCACAUUGUCUAAUGACUCUAAUAUCAAGUAUACAAAAGUUGUGAAAUCAUUAACUCACCCACUGCUACUCGUAGGUGAUGAAGACGGAAAUGUCAUCGUUCUUGACAGUGAAACUCUGGAAGUCAAAAAUAGCAUCAGAAAAAUUCACAAUGGGGACGCAAUUAACGAUAUAUUCCAAUUUAGUGGGAAAUCCGUCUACAAAUUUAUUUCUUUGGGCCAAACUACUUUGGCAUAUUGGGAUGCCAGGAAAACCAAUGAGGAUGACUUGAAACUCUCGCCCGAUGAUACCGAAUCGAAAAGAAGCGUAGCAUUGAGUGAUGAUCAGGAAGACGAGAUACUGUGUGGGACAUUUGUGAACCCAGAAGAUGGUGAGAUAUUGGUUUGCGGAAUGGGUGAAGGGGUCUUAACUCUUUGGAAACCUAAGAAGAAUGAUUUAGUAGAUCAAAUAAGCAGAAUCAAAAUCAAGAAAAAUGAAAGUCUUGAUUGUAUUGUACCCACUUUACAGGAUGAUAACUGCAUCUGGACAGGUUGCUCUGAUGGUCAAAUUUACAAAGUUAACGUUAAAACCAGCAAGGUAGUAGAGAUCAGAAAGCAUAGCAAUCUUGAUGAAGUUUCUUUUCUGGAUCUUGACUUCGAAUAUCGUCUAGUAUCUGGUGGUAUGGACAAGGUUAAGAUAUGGCAAUUCAAAGACGAAGACGAACCGUUGGAUUCUGGUAAUGAGGAUGAUUUUCAUGAGGGCAACAGUAUCACUUCAUCGUCAGAUAGCUCUAGUGAUGAGGAAUCCGAAGAAAAUAACGCUUCCUCUAGUCAAAAGGAUUCAAAUAGCGAAGAAGAGGAAGAUGAUGGUGAUGAUGAUGAUGAUGAUGAAGAAGUCUGGAGUAAAUUGAAUGAUCGGGCCGAUCAGGAUUCGGAAGCGUCCGGUGACGAUAGUGGUUGUAGCAUUGGACUCUCUCGGGAAGAACUACUUCAAGAACUUGACAAGGACUUUUCUGAGGAUGAUGAAGAAGCAAAGAAACGAACUUUGGAUACCGCGGAAGCCCGUCCUACUAAGAAGGCUAAGAAAAUGAAACAAAAGCAACUGACCUCAAAACAGUUGAGAAAUCUCCAAAGAAAUGAGCAUGGAAUCAAGAAAUUUGAAGAUCUUUAA